UUAAAUUUACAUUAUUUACAUUGUUGUAAUCUCGAUUAAGUGCGUGUCAUCACUUUCAGCCAUAUUAGUUUGACCAAUGAGGUGAAGGGGCGUAACUUGCAGAGGGUCCAAGGUAAAUAAGAACGGAAGGGAUAUGUACUGUACUCUAACAGAUAACAAAUAAUUUGGAUAAAAGUGGAUUAAAUCAUACUACAAAUGAUGCAGAAACAGGACUUGUGGGGUCCUGUUUCAGGUGACUCUGGAACUCCUGUUGAAUGCAAGUUUGAAGAUUCCUUCUCUCCACGGUGUUUGGCAUCUGACCAAGAAAAUUUUGUUACCGAUGAUGAUUAUGUGCCUCUAGACGACUCUUCACAGUAUCUAGCAGGCCUCGAACGAAAAUUAGCACGUGUUCAGGGACGUAGUGCUGGUCGGAGACAAACAGAAAGUCGCAGGUUAAUUGAUGCUCUUGUAGGGUCUCGAGACGCACACGCUCAUGAAUUAGUAAAUGCAAGUAAUAUAAGUAAUGAUGAGAUUAUUACUUCAGAGAGUGAACCAGCCCAUCAGACUGGUGCAGUUGACCCCCAAGGUGCAAUUGGUGCAAUGAUUAGACGUAUUGCACCUGACAAGGUGGCCCUCACACAUGAAGAACUGUGUCAACUUCUGGAGGCAGAUUUCCUGUCAAAGAUUCAGGAAGCAGCAGCAGCAGCAGAAGAAGAAGAAGAAGCAGCAGCAGCAUCCAAAGAAACACAUAGUGAAGUAAGAAAUAAUGAUAUAGCACAAGAUGAUGAUAAAGUUAACCAUGAUCUGAGUGAGGAAAAAAAAAUGUCUUCAGAUGAAGGAGAAAAGUAGAAAAGUAAAUAUACUUAAAUUGUUCCUACCUUGUAGUAAUCUAUUGAAAAAAAAACCUGCCAAGUUUUCCAUUAAUGUGUUUUAUGUUUAGAAAUGGUGCUCAUAAGCAAUAAAGUUACUUUGAAAUAAACGGGAACUGUUUUGGUAUGUGAACACAGUAUAAUUUUCUAGAAGUUACUUUCCAAUCAGACACUGAACCAUUAUUAUCAAUAUCUGUGUGGAAACAGAAUUAAAAAAAAAUCACUAAUGAACGGUUUCCACAGACAUCAAUAACAAUGGUUCAUUUUAUCGAAUUAACAAAAUAUUCAGAAAAGUAUCCUGUAUUUACAAACCAAAACUGUCCAUAUUUACCAGUAUUUAAACCAACAUAUAUGUAUAUGCUGUAAUUACACUGAAAAAGGGAUGACAGAUAGUGAUAAAACUCAGGAUUUUCCACUUGUCAUACUUCUUUUAGAAGCUUACGCCUCUCAGAUUUUGUCUUAUUUCAUCUCAGUGACACAGGCAAAAUACUGUACUAAUUAAUCUUGUUGCUUCAAGUAAAAUGUUUUUUUCAAGA